AUGGUUGAUGAAAAGAAAUAUAAGAAAAGUAAUUGAAUGGAGUCAUAGUGAUGUUUCCACAUGGACGAAGAAAGAGGCAGUGAUAGCUCUCUUUAUCCAUGGGAGUAUCUUUUUGAUGAAAAGUUUUCAUCUCAUUGUGGAUAUGUAACAUCAUCUUUGAAGUUAAAUGAAUUGUUAGAGGAGUAUGAGUAUGCAACAUCAUCUAGAUUUCGGUGUUUGAAAAGUGAAAAGCAGUUUGGAAAAAUAUUUGAAAUUUCAAAGGUUAGUGAUCCACAAGUAAGACUCUGGGAUACCCAAGGCAAUGCUGACCCCUACAUUAGAUAUGAUGGAAUUCCUUUCAUCAUCAUGGGAAAGAAAGUGCUUGAGUGUCAUCAGGGAUUUGACAGGGACACCAAAACUAAUCAAAGAAAAAAAAGAAGAUUACCUGCAUCUGACCAUAUCUUCAAACAUAAGCGCCGAUUAGUACAGAACACCAAGAAGAAAGGAUGCCCUGUAAGGAUAAAAAUCCGUCAUGUAGUGAAAUUUUUGAAUUUCAAGGUGAAGGAUCAAGAUCAACCAAGUAGGAAGUUUGUGCCAAGCGUGAAGAAAGAUUUAAAUGACGGUACAGGUGAAAUAGAAUGUCAACCUCGGUUCUAUGUCUCGUUUCCACCAGCAGAGGAGCAUAGGAAUCACUUGAAAGGAGCGGCAUCCAGCAUUUUGCAGCCAAUGGAUAAGAGAAUUUCAAAUUAUAUUAAGAAGGUUGUGAGCGAACAUUGAGUUACAAGCACUCUGAAAAUGAAACUGCUUAU